GCCUGAGUUAUUCCACUAGUUACUGGAUUUGUCAGAACUAGGAGGAAAUGUCCUAACCUCGUCUUGAGAUUGAUUGAUUUGCAAUAGAUUGUGGAAUCAGCCCAUUUCCUGGAAUAAGUUUCAAACUCUCACAUUGCAGCAGUUAGUGACGUGAGAUAAACCUGCCUCACUCAGACCAAAAUCAACCUGUUCAACAGGAACCGCUGACAGUCUGGGGAAGCUGAAUAACAGUUUGGUCCACUUUAGAUUGUCUCAAAGAUAAGCAGCGAAUUGGGAAAUGAUGGAAGACAAGAACCUGGGAAAAAGUUUGGAAUCGGAUCAGAAGUCGGGGAUAGAAACUACAGCUCCUCAGAAUUGCAAGAGCUCUGAGCAGGGUGUGUCCCAUGGCAUCAUUUUCCAGAAACCUAAAUAUGUGCGAUUGAAGAAUUGGCAGAGUGGGAACGUCUUCUACGACACUCUCUACCAGCAGGCACACAAGCCGACCCCAUGUUCAGAGUCACGGUGCCUGGGCUCUGUCAUGUUCCCCAAAGAGCUUGUGCACAAGCCUGAAGCUCCAACCCAGUCCAAGGAACAACUGCUGCACCGAGCGACACAUUUCCUCGAACAGUACUACACAACCAUGAAAAGAGCAGGAACGCCAGCACACAGUCAACGCUUAAUGGAGCUACAGAGGGAGAUAGACAUGACCGGUACUUAUCAACUCACCCCGAAUGAGCUGAUCUUCGGGGCAAAGCUGGCCUGGAGGAAUGCAGCGCGGUGUGUGGGCCGAAUACAAUGGAGUCGCUUACAGUUGUUUGAUGCUCAAGAUUGCAAUACAGUGGAAGAGAUGUUCACCUACAUCUGCAAUCACAUCAAAUAUUCGACUAAUAAGGGAAAUAUCAGAUCUGCCAUCACAAUCUUCCCUCAGCGCUCAGAUGGAAACAGGGACUUUCGAAUAUGGAACAGUCAAUACAUUCGGUAUGCAGGGUUCACUCAGGAAGAUGGUACAAUCAUGGGAGAUGGUGCCAGUGUUGAGUUCACUGAGCUUUGUCUGCAGCUCGGUUGGAAGCCUAAGAGGAGCCGGUUCACAGUGCUGCCCUUAGUCUUACAGGCAAAUGGUGAAACUCCUCAGCUCUUCGAAAUCCCUCCAGAACUGAUCCUGGAAGUUCCCAUACAACACCCACAUUAUGAAUGGUUUUCGGAGCUAAAUCUGAAAUGGUACGCUCUCCCGGCUGUUGCCAACAUGCUGCUUGAGAUUGGAGGCCUGGAGUUCCCAGCCGCACCCUUCAAUGGUUGGUACACAGGCAGUGAGAUUGGCGUGAGGAAUUACUGUGAUUCAACACGAUACAAUCUACUCCAGGAAGUUGCCGAGAGGAUGGGAUUGGAGAGAUCGAAGAUCACAUCCCUGUGGAAGGACAAAGCUGCUGUGGAGCUGACUGUUGCCGUUCUCCAUAGUUUUCAGCUAAUGAAAGUGACAAUAGUCGAUCAUCAUACCAUCACUGAGUCCUUCAUGAAGCAUCUGGAGAAUGAACAUCGGCUUCGUGGUGGCUGCCCCACAGACUGGGUUUGGAUUGUUCCUCCGAUAUCUGGAAGUCUAACUCCAGCCUUUCACCAGGAAUUCCUCAAUUACAAUCUUUCUCCAGCAUUCCACUAUCAGACAGAUCCCUGGAAAACCCAUGUAUGGAAAGAAAGUGAUGGGUUUCUUUUGAAAAAACGCCCAAUUGGAUUCAAGGAACUUGCAACGGCGGUGACAUUUUCCACCAAAUUGAUGUCCCGAGUCAUGGCCAAACGGAUAAAAGUGACAAUUCUCUAUGCCACAGAAACCGGCAAAUCAGAAACUUUUGCCAGGAAGUUGUGUGAAAUCUUUAAGAAGGCCUUUGACCCAAAGGUUAUGUGUAUGGACGAGUAUGACAUCAUUAAUCUUCAACACGAAACCUUAGUUCUCACUGUUACCAGCACUUUUGGAAAUGGAGACCCGCCUGAGAAUGGCCAGCAUUUUGCUGACCAUUUAAUGGAGAUGGCAAAUCCAAAUUCCAGUUUUGAGCAGGCAAGUUACAAAGCUCGGUUUAACAGUUUAUCUGAAGAUGAUUUUGAAGCAUACAUUGGGGCAGUUACUGAAGACAACAGUUUGGAGAGCACAGGACCAUUAGCCAGUGUACGGUUUGCAGUUUUUGGCCUGGGUUCACGAGUGUACCCACAUUUCUGUGCUUUUGCCCGUGCCAUCGACACCAAACUGGAGGAGCUGGGAGCCCAAAGAAUCUUGACCAUGGCGGAAGGAGAUGAGCUGUGUGGACAGGACGAUCUAUUCCGGCUCUGGUCCAAGAAUGCUUUUAAGGCUGCUUGUGAGGUUUUCUGUAUCGAUGAUGAAACUGGCAAUGAUCAUGAUGAUUUCCACAAUGACACCACCUGGAAACCAAACAAUUAUAGACUGUCCGUUGUGGCUGAGAUGUUAGAGUUGGAACCAGCUCUGUCUCACUUGCACAAGCGGAAAGUUGUUCAGGCUCGAGUUUUGUCCAGACAGAAUCUGCAACACAAGGGCUCCGGCCGAUCGACCAUCUUGGUUUGUCUUCAUACUGGGGAUUCAGACAAGCUGAAGUACAUUCCUGGCGAUCACGUGGGUGUUCACCCAGCCAAUCAGGAGGAGCUGGUGCAGAGAGUGAUGGCUCGUCUGGUUGAAUUGCCAGCGCUUAAUGACACUAUCAGUGUUGAGAGAUUACUUGAGACACGAACGGAAAAUGGAAUCCAACAUAAAUGGGUGUCAGAUAUGCGUCUCCCAAACUGCACAGUAGCCCAGGCUCUCACAUACUUCCUGGACAUCACUAGCCCAGCCAGUCCUGAACUGUUACAGUACCUCGCACAACUCGCAACAGAUCGAAGAGAGAAGGAGCAGCUCGAAGAUUUGGGUCAGGGGACACGUAAAUAUGAAGAGUGGAAAUGGGAGAAUGUUCCAACGGUUGCUGAUGUCCUCGAUGAGUUCCCCUCUGUCCGAGCUCCUGCAUCUCUGCUUUUAACCCAACUCCCAUUGCUGCAACCUCGGUAUUACUCCAUCAGCUCAUCACCGGAUACCCAUCCAUUCCAAAUCCAUCUCACUGUCGCUGUCGUCAAGUAUCACAUUAAAAAUGACCAAGGUCCAGAGCGACAUGGAGUGUGUUCCUCAUGGUUAAAUUGCAUCGAAAUUGGUGACAGUGUUCCCUGUUUCAUCAGAAGGGCUCCACUGUUCCACCUCCCGUCUGAUUCCUCUACCCCGUGUUUGCUUGUUGGCCCUGGCACUGGAAUUGCCCCUUACAGAAGUUUCUGGCAACAGAGAUUGUAUGAGAUUGAAAACCAAGCAGGUUUGAAACAAUGUGAGAUGAGCUUGAUCUUCGGGUGUCGUUACUCGCAAAUGGAUCAUCUUUAUAAAGAGGAAAUGAUGGAGGCGAAGAACAAAGGAGUUUUCAAAGAAAUUUAUACUGCAUAUUCACGGGAUCCAGACAGGAAAAAGGAGUAUGUACAGGAUAUCAUUCGAAAUCAGCUGCCCAAUGAGCUCUUCCAAAUUUUGAGCUCUUCGAAGGGACACCUGUAUGUUUGUGGUGAUGUUACAAUGGCUCAAGAUGUUUCAAAAACUGUCCAAGAAAUAAUAGCAACAGUGGGGAUGAUGAGUCUGAAUGAUGCAGCAAGCUAUCUUACAAAGCUGAAGGAUGAGAAUCGUUACCAUGAGGAUAUAUUUGGUCUAACACUGAGAACCCGAGAGGUCGCUACAAAAAUCCGAUCAACAUCUUUGAAUUAUUGGCAGGAAACAAAGUGAAUGCUUGGCUCUGACGAAUGGGAAUAAAUCUGCAGAAUGUAUAGUUGGCCUGCUUAAUGUUUGUUGUACAUGAGGAAUGUUAGUUCCUGACUGUAAUACAAAGAAUGUGUGAUGUCAUAAAUUGUGCAUCAGUGCAGUUUUGAUGGGCAACUCUUCCUCUCAGCCUCUCCCCACUCUCUGCUGCCUCCUGCCCACCUUCUAUCGUUUACAUUAAAAGACUAUUUCUUAUACCAAGAGCUAAUGCAAGCAGCUUUUCCCUGUCCUGAGCUUUUCUAUCUCAAUCAAAUCUCCCCUCAAUCUCCUUCACUCCACAAAAAACAACCCCAGCUUUUCCAAACAAGCCUGGUCACUAAAAUCAGGCUUGACCUGCCUGACCUGCUGCGCUUCUCCAGCAACACAUUUCCAUCACUAAAAUCCUUCAUCCUGGGAACAAGCUGGGACAUCUCCUCUGCACCCUCUCAAUGUCACAUCCUUCCUAAAGUGUCAAGACCAGAACUGGACCCAACGUUCAAGUUGUGGCUGAACCUGAUCAUAGAAUUCCUACAGUCUGGAAACAGGCUAGUCAUCCCCAAAAAUCCACACCAACUCUCCGAAGAACAUCCCU